AUGGAGGCAGUGGGAAACUGGUCUAAUUACUGUUAUUAAAUAGAAUAUUUCCCUCCCCAGGAGUAACUCAAUCAGUAUGCAGCUGAACUUGGAAAUGGGUUGGGAAUGUUAGAAUUGUUAAAGCUCCGUCUACUCAGAUAACUCAUAGAAUUGAGUUAAUGUAAAUGCAGUCUUAAAUACCUUCUUUAUAGAGCUCAUUAUUCAAGUGAGGAGCAAUAGAGAAUUAUAGAGAAUUAUUUUCAAAUUCCUCUCAUCCAGAGCCAAACGUUCAGAAAUUAGUAUAGAGCACACUUUCCAUUUAGCAAUAUUUAUAUGUGUUCAUGCAUCCGUGUGUGGAUUGUGUGUGUGCUGUGUGUGUGUCUGUACUGUGUGUGUGCGUGUGUGUGUCUGUACUGUGUGUGUGCGUGUGUACUGUGUGUGUGUGUGUGUCCUGUGUGUGUGUGUGUGUGUGUCCUGUGUGUGUGUCUGUACUGUGUGUGUGCGUGUGUACUGUGUGUGUGUGUGUCCUGUGUGUGUGUGUGUGUGUGUGUCCUGUGUGUGUGUGUGUGUGUGUACUGUGUGUGUGUGUUUGUGCAUGUGUACUGUAUGUGUGUGUGUGUGUUACACUGUAUUGUAUCUUUCGGGCACCCUACUCAUCUGCGGCCCUCAUCUGGGUCUGUCGACAUCCCCCACACACCACGGGAUCUGUUCAUCCUCCUUUCUCUCCAUGUCCAUGGGGGAAAGAGGAUGGAGCAUGGAGCCAGGCCUAGAUACCACUCACUUGGGCCGUGUGUAUGUGUAUGUGCGUGUGCACGUGUAUGUUCGUUCAUUGGUGUUUGUUUCAUUCAUUGGUUUUCAUUCCAUUGUGUUGGUGUGCAGUCAUUGAAUCUGUCUCAUUUGUCACAUUCAUUUCUUUGUUGCAGUUCUGUCCAUGGGGUAAUGUAUGUAUUAAGUUUGUCUGGCAGGAUUGGAUUCUCUGUUUGGUGCUUAGUGUGUGUAUGUGGUGUGUGUGUGUGUGUGUGUUGUGUGUCCCAGGAUGAGAUGUCCACUGAGAACAGAUGAAAGGAAUGAGGCCUGUGACUGAUCUGUUCGUCCUGAUCAGGGGAAUUCUACCUCACUCUUUUUCUCGUUCUCUGGCUCUCUCAGUCUCUCCCACUCUAAGCAUGUGACCCACUUUUACUACUCCCCCCCUCCACCCCUCCCAAAGUCCCAUCUGAAGAUAGGCCUACAGAGAACUGGCCAGGGGACAGAGAGACAGAGAGCAAGAAAGAAUAGCAGAGAGGUGCCUAUUCAUAAAGAUAAUUAUGCAUCUAUCUACACUGUUGUAUGUGUAAUGUUUUAGUAAUUACUAUGAAUAAAUGUUUGUAAUUGUAUUGUGAAUGUGUGUAUGCGAACUUGCGUGUGUGUGUUUGUGUGUGUUUGUGUGUGUGCAUGUGUGUGCGUGUGUGUGGGAGAGAGAGAGAAUGAUGCUGUCAUGGUAUGUUGGCACCACUGACUCGGUCUUUGUGCUGUGAAAGGCAGCCAUUCUGGGUGUGUGAGUUAGUUUUGUCUUUGACUCUGGAGGAGGUGAGAGGCUGUCUUUCAAAGAGACUCUGUACUGAGAACACAAGGCCUCGGCGUUUAGGACAACACAGUCAGGAGUGAGGGAAGAAAAUAUCCCUUUGUCCAGACUAGAUAGAGGCGUAAUACUGGGCAGGCUUCGAAGUGCUGUACAGAAAGCAUGCAAAUCAUGAAUCUAUUUACACAGGACUAUGACUUCCAGAGGACAAGCAAUAUAUUGACUACUUUGAUAAGUAACUCGGGCUCUGCUCAAUAUUCACACAACGGCAUGGUACAUGCUUGCAGAUUUACUGAAGGCAUCUGUACAGUAGACUAGGCCAUGUACACGGAGGGCCUUUCCUGGAAGAAGCAGAACCCAACCACACUCAAUUAGACCCACGUAUCAGGAGGAAUAAUAUAAAACCUGGGUUCCUGGUUCAUGUAUUUUCCAAAAACAUCCUUGCACAGAGAUCCAUGUCACGAGCUACUCAUAGUGCAAGAUUCCUUGAAUUGAGAGGUUUGAAAUCACUUCCUGUGUCUGUGUGAUGCGUCACUAUGGCAGGAGAGAUGGUUCCCAUUCUGCUGCUGCACUGUAAAGUGGAGUGGGAGGUAAACAGGUGAGAUUGAGCGAGGGAGAGAGAGAGGAGAAGGCCAUUAGCAUUCACAGGGUGUUGUUUGGUGCUGGCGCUGUCCCUCUGUGCCGAAUCAGGCGUCGUUGAUUAAUUUCAGCCUAUUAGCACCCCCCUUUCCUCAUCUUCCGCCCCUCCCAGGUUAAUUCCAUGCCAGCGUGCAGAGUCGGGGGCUGCUGGUGUGAGCGAUGGUAGAGGGGUUGCCAGGGAGCGUGUUGUUGUCAGGACUGUAUUAAUGAGCACACCACUCUGGUCCUAUGGACAGGGGGACUGUGUUUCUGGCUGCGCACGGUUGCUCUGUCGAGGCCUGGCCUAGUUUCUCCUCUCACCAGGGAGCAGGAGGAUCCAAGGACUGACGCAGAUCACCUGACAGCGGCCCCACUGCGCAACCCCGAGUGUGUGUGUGUGUGUGUAUGUGUGUGUAGUUGGGGAGUGUGUGAUUGCUUGUGUAAGUAUGAAAGUAUGCUUGAGAGUGAAUUUUUGUGUAGUGAAUCUCUGGUGUCUGUCUCUCCUGUGUUUUGACAGAGUGGUAGAAAUGGUGUCAUAUUUAGUGUGGAGACAACAAAACUAUGGUGUAAUACUUAACCUUGCUGUAAAUGGUAUAUCUAGACAUAGUCUAAGGCAAAGUUUCUGUUACAUAGAGUUUUCAUGGGCCACUGCAAUCAAAGAGUAUUCAGUGAUUUAUGUUCUGUAUUAUUAGGUUACACCCCCCUUGAUAAAAGGUAGCAUCUCUUACAUUUUGGAUCACAUUCUGCAAAAAUUACAGUCCUUUGAAAGGAUCUUGCACACAUUUCGUUAGCAUCCCAGAGUGUGUUUGUAUCAGUGGCUAGUAAGAAGUGAAGUCAGACAGUCGCUAAGUGGUAGAAGCCUGCCAGUCUCUGAGGUCAUUCCUCUGCAGGAGCCUCUGCUGCCCCACACCUGUCCUUCACAGCUGGCCACAGCACACCUGGCCUCGCCGCCAUACAUAGCGUGCACACCUGGAUGCUUCUCACUUGAUUCAUCCGUUUCAUUUAGAGCAGCUCAUAACAGCUAAGAGCACUCCAGUCUCCUCCAUCAACACUACAUGGCUAGGCUAGUACAGUGUAAACAGGUGCCGUGUGAGAGAUGAGGGCGGCAAUACACAGGUGAAGGGUUGUGUGUGAACUCUCCUGUGAUGAUUGAGGACCAGUUCUAUGUCUUAUGAGAGGAAGGUGUGAAACUCGUAUUCCCAUGAGUAUUGGACUGGUUGGUUAACUUGGUUUAGUUGGGCCUGAGAGACCCUAUUAAAACGUUCAUCAAUACCCCAUAACCUCCUGGCACUCCAAUCUACUCCAUUGGAAAAAUCUAAUGUCAUUAAACUUUCAGAUGCCUUGACUUCACUGUGGCACAUGAUGCCUUGCAUCUGCAGAAAGGGAGAUAGAAAGAAAAAAGCAAGACGAGCUGAAUAGGGAGGAGAGAAAGAGAUAUGGACAGAGAGACAAGGUUAAAAGAAGAAAAGAAGGGAAAUCAGAACUGAGAGGUAGAGUGAGAAUGAGAGGGGGAAGCAGAGGGGAUCAGGCUAGUCUCAGUGGAUGUGGUGAUGAGGUACAGUACAGUACGGUAGUGGCUGCCUCUAACUUAAGCAGCUCCGCACUGCUCCGUAGGCUGCUGAAUGAUUCACUAGCCCUCUAAUCGUCUCCGUGCCCGCUGGGGCAGAGUGGCGACAUGGUGGUCCUUCCACCCGCCUAUGUCCGACCCACCGUAUCUCUUUCCGCUGUCACAGCUGACCUGUGAGUUUAGAGCUGUGUCAGCGGUGCUCCGCACAUGAGGGGUCACAACCCAAACCUCGGCAUACACUUGUCUUCAUCGAACCGAUUACCCCUUAACAUUGUGGUUGAUGGGACGCACACACACUGUGACGGACACCCACAGAUGUGGCGGCGCCCCCAGCGUUUGACCCAAUGACCCUACAGAGCUGAGAGUGGACGUUCUCCUGGUACCAGGGCUGACCUCACUCUGCUCAUUAACACAGUAGAUCACAGGACAGGUUACUCUACACUCUCUUCAGAAUGUAGUCCUCAGCACUAUUGUACAGUACAGAGGAAAGUGCAAAUGUACGGUAGCUUUAUUAAUUUACCAGUGUCUUUGUAAUUGUGUGACUCAUAUUGUGUGAUUUGCUGUUUUCCUCAGGUAAGCGACUGCAGGAGUGGAUCAGUGUGGUUCUGUGCGUCUCUCUCUUCAUCAUCAACCUCUCCUUCCUCCUCCUCAACUUAACCAUGGUGCACAUCUACAAAAUCAUAUUCGCCGUCCGUAAGUUAUUCUCAAACAUUUUCAGUUAAAUGUUUGAAAUGACCUUGAAAUAGCCUGAAGUUACAAAAACUAUUGUCCGAUAUAUUGGUAAAAGAUUUGUCUUCUCUUUCCUCCACUCUUUUCUGCUCCCCACUUCAGUAAUGGGGAUAGUGAUGGCGGACUUUGCCUCUGGUAUGGUGCACUGGGGAGCAGAUACCUGGGGCUCUGUGGACAUCCCAGUCUUUGGGAAGGUAAGGGACAGGGUUCAGAGUUCAAGGUCAUUCCCAGACCUCAGACUCAUCCUUUGACUCUUGAGAAGUAUUCCAAAUGACUACAUAUCAGUCAUAUGAGGGAUUGUUAGGCAAAACAGAGGCUAAACAUAAUAUCAUCCCAUUUCCCAAUGAGUUAUAUCAGUGAAGUCACACCCACACUGUCUGUAUACCUGUGCUUAGGACUGUGACGGUCAAGGAAGUUUGGAUGACGGUUUAUUGUCUGCCAAAUGACCGCAGUCACCGUUAUAAUCAUUCUAAUAGCAUACUUUUCUUGUUUGCUACAACGCCUUGACUCUGUAGGAGUCAAGGAGCAACAACGUUUAAUCACGUUAUAAAGAGUCCAUGUUACUGCGGAAACGGACUCAACCGCACAUGAUGUGUCAUCUUUUUUGAAUGCCCAGCCGUCCAGUCGUCAGUCAGCUGUUCGUUCCAAAACACAAAAUUAGUUUUGCGUCCUCUCGUCUCAUAUUGGCUGUUAGAUGUAAACCAGGUUUACUUUUACCUUGCUGCUUUUGAGUAAAGUUUGUCAACUUGAAUAUGAAGUAGAUUUUUAAAAAAUAUAAAUAAAUAAAAACGGUUAUGGCGGUUAUUUUAUUUCGUGACGGUCUUCAUCCGUAAUCGUCCGUUACACAAUUAUACAAUAACCGUGCCAGCGCUACUCUGUGCUUUUGCAAUCCACCACCCAGUACACCCACACCCACCGUCCUGCUCCUGUGCUGAGCAGGCCACAUCCAGCCAGUCUCCUCCAGUCCUGUCCCCCCUACAUCCCAGUCAUGUGAAGGGCACGGACAUCCAGGGUUAUUACCAUACAGUAGCACUGGGCUUUAUUGGUCUAUAGUGGUUAAUCCUCCCAUGGCUGCUCCAAGCAAAAUGUAAUUAUCUCCCCCAGGACAUACGACUCCCUGACUGGAACCCCCCAGCCAACACCACAGCCACCCCAGCCCACCCCCCACACUUUUCCCACCCCUCUUGGACCAGGGUUACAGCACCUGGGCUCCGUAUUUAUGCAUAAGCAGAACUUGGUCAUGCUCCCCUCGUCCAAUUAGAGAAAAGGUCACUCUCAUCCUGUCCAAUUAAAAGUGCAGCUGGUGGAUGUGAUGAUCUUUGAGGUGAUGAAUCGCUGGGUCUGUGUGUAUUUCUGCUGAUGAUGGGGCUAAUUGUCAUCAGCAGCCUGUCUGGUCAGAGCUCCAGAGCGGCCCAGCCGUGCUAAGCCCCUGCUCAGCCUGCCGCCCCGCUGUGAAGCGGUUACUGCUCUGACUCUGCAACAUGGCUGCUGCUUGCUGUCGAUACUAUUGCUUUCUGGGAUCAUUAGGAUUUGCCACCUGGGGACGAUUGGGCUUCAAAAAGAGUGGGGGAAUUUACAGACAUCUAGAAAGGAGUGUUUUAAGACCCUUAACCAGCAGAUUAAAGGGAACACUUAGCGGGUGGAUACACCAUUUUGUACCCGAGGUUCAAACAGAAGAACUUCACUUGAGGGAGAAUCAUUAUUGACAGUAAUUAGAGGAGAAAAAAACUCGAAUUGAACGUCUUAAACCAGUUCAGUCCGUAGGUGAGGGGAGGGGAAAUGUCCUUUCGAUGGCGGGGUUGCCAGGACGAUGGUAGAUGUGAGUCUUGAUUAGUGAAAGGCGGGCGAGGCGGGCCGUUAAACGAUGUGGGAUUAGUGUUGGUGUGGCUGCAUUGUGCAGAGGAGUCCACACAUCCGCUCUGUGUGCCGUCUGGGGCUUAGCGCUCCUUUAAUCUCGCUGACAGACCGGGAGAACGUAAAGGAAGAUAAUUGUCUAAAUAUAAACAGAUAGUUUCCCUUGCUCCCGCAGAGCAUCUCCAUGCGUCCUCAGAUAUACAUGUGAUUGAGUUCUGCCCACAAACACAGGAUAAUUACUUUUUACCGUCAUUGACACGCUAUGGUAAUAUGGCGCAAAACGAUUCCUCUUUUUAUGUGGGAAAUAAAAUGACCUUCCUUGUGUAUUUUCUCUUUGUGAUUAUGCGAUUCUCUCCCACAUUCCCUUUCAUUUGUGACACGCGCGCUGUCACAGGCAGGUGUCUGUCUCAGCGCGGGCGGGUUGUGAAUGACGGGCACCGCUGUUCCAAGGUUUAUUAUGAUGCUGGAUCAGAGCCAUGGGGCUGUGCCGUUUUAUAGCAGGUUAUCUCUCUGUUCUUUAAUGUAUAGUGUGAUGGAGAGCUUUCUCCUCCGGCUUUCGUGUACGCUCCUCUACAGGGCCGUGGAUCAUGAGUUAAUCUGUGAGACCAACUCCAACCUCUAACCCUUUGGAGGUGGAACACAGGUUCUCAUGCGUGUCACGCUGCAGGGUUGAGGAUCUAUGUAGAAAAUUGCAUUCCCAACCAUAGCACACCCCCUGACUGACUUACAUAAUUCAGCUUCCAAUCCUUUUUUCAUCCAUCCUUUUACAUCCUUCCUCUGUCAUCUCUUACCUGUGUUUUAAUGGACACAGCACUGUGAGAGAUACCUCCACCAAGCUAGCACAAGUUACAAUAUUUGUCAUGGCCCUUCGAGAUGGAGUUGAACCAAUGACCACACCUGAUGACCAUUGAUUGUUUUGGGAAAUCUCUGGUAUUUUAUUACCCUUUAGAUAAUGAAGAGGUACAGGCUAGAUAGACAUCUAAUGUCUGUGAUUGAAAUGGAUAUCCCCUCUCAUGUUAUGUCUGACAUGAUUGCACUGAAUAUUCAGUUGUAAGUUAAUUAAAUCAAUUUUAUUUGUCACAUGUUUCGUAAACAACAGGUGUAGACUAACAGUGAAAUGCUUACUUAUGGGUCCUUUUCCAACAAUGCAGAGUAAAGAUAAGAUACAAAAUGUUAUAAAAAUAGAAAUAGUGACACAAGGAAUAAAUACACAGUGAUUAGUGAAUAACAAUAACGAGUAAAAAUAACAUGGCUAUAUACAGGGAGUACCAGUACCGAGUCGAUAUGCAGGGGUACGAGGUAAUUGAGGUAGCUAUGUACAUACAGGUAGGGGUAAAGUGACUAGGCAACAGGAAAGAUAAUAGACAGUAGCAGCAGCGUAUGUGUUGAGUGUGAAUGUGUGUGACGUCAGUAUGCAUGUGUGUGCAUGCUAUGUGUGUGUGGGCGUAUGUAGUGUGUGUGUGUGUGUGUGUGUGUGUGUGUGUGUGUGUGUGUUGGGAUGUCAGUGUAAGUAUGUGUUUGGGUAAAGUCCAGUGUAUGUGCAUAGAGUCAGUGCAAGAAAUGUAGCAGUCUUAUUUAAUAGACUUAUGGCUUGGGGGUAGAAGCUGUUCAGGGUCCUGUUGGUUCCAGACUAGUAGCAGAGAGAACAGUCUAUGGCUUGGGUGGCUGGAGUCUCUGAAAAUUCUUUGGACCUUCCUCUGACACCGCCUGGUAUAGAGGUCUUGGAUGGCAGGGAGCUCGUUCCCAGUGAUGUACUGGGCCGUACUCACCACCCUCUAUAGCGCCUUGCGAUCGGGUGCCUUGCAGUUGCUGUACCAAACGGUGAUUCAGCCAGUCAAGAUGCUCUCAAUGGUGCAGCUGUAUAAGUUUAGGAGGAUCUGAGUGCCCAUGCCAAAUCUUUUCAGCCUCUUGAGGGGGAAGACGCGUUGUCGUGUCCUCUUCACAACUGUGUGGGUGUGUGUGGACCAUGUUAAUUCCUUAUUGAUGUGGACACAGAGGAACUUGAAGCUCUCGACUCGCUCCACUACAGCCUCAUCGAUGUGGAUGGGGGUGUGCUUGCCCCUCUGUUCCCUGUAGUCCACAGUCAGCUCUUUUGUUUUGCUGACAAUGAGGGAGAGGUUGUUGUCCUGGCACCACACUGCCAUGUCUCUGACCUCCUACCUAUAGGCUGCCUCAUCAUCAUGGGUGAUCAGUCAUACCACCAUCGUGUCGUCAGCAAAGUUGCUAAUGGUGUUGGAGUCGUGCACAGCCACCCAGUCGUGGGUAAACAUGGUCUGCGUAGCGGAUGUGUUGUUGCAUACCUUUAACGCCCAGGGGCGGUUCAUCAGGAAUUCCAAGAUCCAGUUGCAGAAGUAGGUGUUCAGUCCCAGGGUCCUGAGAUACAGACCGGGUCAGAGAAAAUGUCAGUGAAGACACUUGCCAGCUGGUCAGUGCCUGGUAUUCCUUGGCACGCGUCCUGGUAUUCCUUCUGGCCCGCGGCCUUAUGAAUGUUAACCUGUUUAAAGGUCUUACUCACACCGGAACAGCUGGUGCUCUCAUGCAUGGUUCAGUGUUGCUUUCCUUGAAGCGAGCAUAGAAGGCAUUUAGCUCAUCUGGUAGGCUUCCGGCUGGGCUUCCCUUUGUAAUCUGUGAAAGUUUGCAAGCUCUGCCACAUCCAUCAAGCAUCAGAGCCGGCGUAGUAGGAUUCGAUCUUAGUCCUGUAUUGACGCUUUCCUUAUUUGAUGGCACGUCAGAGGUCGUAGCGGGAUUUUUUAUAAGCGUCCGGAUUAAUGUCCGAUCCUUGAAAGUGGCAGCUCUACACUUUAGCUCAGUGUGGAUGUUGCCUGUAAUCCAUGGCUUCUGGUUGGGGUACGUACAGUCACUGUGGGAACGACUUCGUCAAUGCACUUAUUAAUGAAGCCGGUGACUGAUGUGGUAAACUCCUCAAUGUUAUUGGAUCAAUCCCGGAACAUAUUCCAGUCUGUGCUAGUGAAACAGUCCUGUAGUUUAGUAUCCGCUUCGUCGGACCACUUCCGUAUUGAGUGCGUCACUGGUACUUCCUGUUUGAGUUUUUGUUUGUAAGCAUGAAUCAGGAGAAUAUAGUUAUGGUCUGAUUUGCCAAAGGGAGGGCAAGGGAGGGCCUUGUAUGCGUUUCUGUGUGUGGAGUAAAGGUGAUCAAGAGUUUUGUGUGGAGAGAAAUUAUAAUUAAAUUAUCAUAAUGAUAUUCCUCCUCUAACUACCUCCCCUCCUCUUCUAUCUUGUUUUCUUUUUCUCCAUUCCGGGAACACCACAUUGACCCCACAGCCAUCACGCUACACGACUUCAUAGAGACCAAUGGGGACAACUGCAUGCUCACAAUACUGCCUCUGGCACAUAUGGCCUACAAGUUCCUGACGUACCAGCCAGGUGAGAGAGAGGGGAUUGACACACACACACACACACACACACACACACACACACACACAUAUACACCCGUGCAUUACAACCUGAACAAGGUCUCAUCCAUAAAGGAUGUGUGUGUGACAACACGGAGAGGAGCUGUAGACAGACAGACACGGGCACUCUCAGGCCAUGACAGGGUGAUGUAUUUUACGAGAGACAUGAUGUCAGGGCUUCAUGGUGGCUCGGAGCAAACCAGAGAUCACUGACCUUGUCAUGAGCCGUGUCACAGUAAGAGGAGGCAGGGCGGAGAGCAAAGGGCAGGGAAGCCUGGCGGAGUGACAGGGUGACAUCCACACCUGUCAUGUCUGCUGCUCGCUGAGUGUCAGGGGUUCAGGGUGAGAGUGGAGAGGGGGACAUGGAGGAACACGUAAGUGACACUAGCGUGAGAGUGGAGCCAAACAGAAAACAGACUCCACCACAGCUUUCUUUCUAGUCAAUGCCUCAUCUCACCAACACUGGUUCUCCAAAAUACUGUAUCCUGAUAAUGCUGUACUGUUUCAUACUUGCAAGUGAAUACCUUAAAUAGGGUAAAGUUUGUUUUUUACUCACUUACAUGUGAAGAUGCUUCAGACAUAUACUGGAAAACAUUGAAACCACCUUGUCAUUUACAAUGAAUGUCACAUUUAUCUGCCUCAACAACAACUGCCUCUCUUCCCCCUCUCUCUCUCUCUCGCUCUCUCUCUCUCUCUCUCUCUCUCUCGCUCGCUCGCUCUCUCCCUUGCGCUCUCUCUUCAUCUCUCUCUCUCUCUCUCUCUCGCUCGCUCUCUCCCUUGCGCUCUCUCUUCAUCUCUCUCUCUCUCUCGCUCGCUCUCUCCCUUGCGCUCUCUCUUCAUCUCUCUCUCUCCCCCUUCUCUUUCUCUCCCUCUCUCCCUCUCUUCCUCUCGCUCGCUCUCUCUUUCUCUCAGAUGCCCUAGCAGAGACCUACCCUUGGGAGUGCUUUGUGUUUGUGCUGGCAGUCUUCGUCACAUUGACCAAUCACAUUCAUAAGUGGUCUCAACUGUAUUUUGGUCUUCCCCACUGGGUGAUGCUGCUGCAGGACUGUCACCUGGUGUUACCCCAGAAACACCACCGCAUCCACCAUGUGUCCCCUCACGAGACCUACUACUGCAUCACCACAGGUACUAUACGCUACUGUACUGAUGUAUACCGCUUACUGUUAUCACUUCAGGUACUAUACACUAUUCUGUAUAUUACCUAUGAGGUACUAUACAGUUGUGGUCAAAAGUUUUGAGAAUUACACAAAUAUUAAUUUUCACAAAGUCUGCUGCCUCAGUUUUUCUGAUGGCAAUUUGCAUAUACUCCAGAAUGUUAUGAAGAGUGAUCAGAUGAAUUGCAAUUAAUUGCAAAGUCCCUCUUUGCCAUGAAAAUGAACUUAAUCCCCCAAAAACAUUUCCACUGCAUUUCAGCCAUGCCAGAAAAGGACCAGCUGACAUCAUGUCAGUGAUUCUCUCGUUAACACAGGUGAGAGUGUUGACGAGGACAAGGCUGGAGAUCACUCUGUCAUGCUGAUUGAGUUAGAAUAACAGACUGGAAGCUUUAAAAGGAGGGUGGUGCUUGAAAUCAUUGUUCUUCCUCUGUUAACCAUGGUUACCUGCAAGGAAACGCGUGCCUUCAUCAUUGCUUUGCACAAAAAGGGCUUCACAGGCAAGGAUAUUGCUGCUAGUAAGAUUGCACCUAAAUCAACCAUUUAUCGGAUCAUCAAGAACUUCAAGGAGAGAGGUUCAAUUGUUGUAAAGAAGGCUUCAGGGCGCCCAAGAAAGUCCAGCAAGCGCCAGGACCAUCUCCUAAAGUUGAUUCAGCUGCGGGAUCGGGGCACCACCAGUGCAGAGCUUGCUCAGGAAUGGCAGCAGGCAGGUGUGAGUGCAUCUGCACAUACAGUGAGGCAAAGACUUUUGGAGGAUGGCCUGGUGUCAAGAAGGGCAUCGAGGAAGCCACUUCUCUCCAGGGAAAACAUCAGGGACGGACUGAUAUUCUGCAAAAGGUACAGGGAUUGGACUGCUGAGGACUGGGGUAAAGUCAUUUUCUCUGAUGAAUCCCCUUUCCGAUUGUUUGGGGCAUCCGGAAAAAAGCUUGUCCGGAGAAGACAAGGUGAGCGCUACCAUCAGUCCUGUGUCAUGCCAACAGUAAAGCAUCCUGAGACCAUUCAUGUGUGGGGUUGCUUCUCAGCCAAGGGAGUGGGCUCACUCACAAUUUUGCCUAAGAACACAGCCAUGAAUAAAGAAUGGUACCAACACAUCCUCCGAGAGCAACUUCUGCCAACUAUCCAAGAACAGUUUGGUGACGAACAAUGCCUUUUCCAGCAUGAUGGAGCACCUUGCCAUAAGGCAAAAGUGAUAACUAAGUGGCUCGGGGAACAAAACAUCGACAUUUUGGGUCCAUGGCCAGGAAACUCCCCAGACGUUAAUCCCAUUGAGAAUUUGUGGUCAAUCCUCAAGAGGCGGGUGGACAAACAAAACCUCACAAAUUCUGACAAACUCCAAGCAUUGAUUAUGCAAGAAUGGGCUGCCAUCAGUCAGGAUGUGGCCCAGAAGUUAAUUGACAGCAUGCCAGGGCGGAUUGCAGAGGUCUUGAAAAAGAAGGGUCAACACUGCAAAUAUUGACUCUUUGCAUAAACUUAAUGUAAUUGUCAAUAAAAGCCUUUGACACUUAUGGAAUGCUUGUAAUUAUACUUCAGUAUACCAUAGUAACAUCUGACAAAAAUAUCUAAAAACACUGAAGCAGCAAAUUUUGUGAAGACCAAUAAUUGUGUCAUUCUCAAAACUUUUGACCAUGACUGUACAGUACUGAACUAAUAGAUCUCAAGAUGGCGGUGUACUAUAUGGCUGCUGUUUUACAUUCUCUGACCCAACUCUGACCGACCUUAUUUUGUGAUUCAUUUGGCGUUUAUAUUUAAAAAAUGUUUGCAUGAAAUGUAUAUUAUAUAUUUAUACUUUUUUUAUUAGUUAUAAUAUUUUUGAUAUUCAUUACUGCACUGGUGGGUAGAGCUUGCAAAUUAAGCAUUUCGCUAUACUUGUGCCUGUUACAAUACAACUUGAAGUAUUACUAUUGCAUAGCCACAGAUAAAACAGUACUGCAAUGUACUGUAAUGUUCUGAACUUUACUGUACUGACAUACUGCCUACUACUGCAUCACCACAGGUACUGUACAGUAUUUUACAGAUUUCUUGCUGUAACACAUUACUGACAUACCACCUACUGUAACCACUGCAUCACCAUGGCUACUAACAGUAAGCCACUGCAUCUUUGCAGAGGUAUUGGCACUGAUCACAUAUACGUGACAUCUACAGCAGUGCAGUGUUAAACUGUAUAAAGGUAUAUUGGAGGGCUCCACCAACCAAGUGUACUGCAAGAUCAUGCACCAUUUUAUGAUCAUAGAAGCUAUCCCCCUGAGACCUACCACUAGAAAAAAACAUACAGGUUCAUAUGACAAUGUAUCAAACAAGGCUGAGCUAACGGCCAUGAUUAUAGAAACAUAGAAAUCACAUCAAGAAGAAUUCAAAUAGUAUCUUCCAUUGAAAGGUCCAUCCUAGAUGGCUGCCAUAUGUGGGUGGUAGAUACAGUAUAAAUAACCUGGAAAAGCAAUCUAUUUGUCUAUGCAUGUGUGUGCUGGCAUUAGGCCCCAGUAAGAGAUCCACAAUGAGUAUUCAGUGUGUGUCUGAGAGGGUGCACUGGAGAGAGGUUGCUUAUGCGUCACCCUGUUCCCCUAUGGACACCAGAUGUGCGUGUGUGUGCAGAGGGGGGUGGGCGUAUUUGUAUGUUUACAGUGGGGGAAAAAAGUAUUUAGUCAGCCACCAAUUGUGCAAGUUCUCCCACUUAAAAAGAUGAGAGAGGCCUGUAAUUUUCAUCAUAGGUACACGUCAACUAUGACAGACAAAAUGAGCUUUUUUCUCUCCAGAAAAUCACAUUGUAGGAUUUUUAAUAAAUUUAUUUGCAAAUUAUGGUGGAAAAUAAGUAUUUGGUCAAUAACAAAAGUUUCUCAAUACUUUGUUAUAUACCUUUUGUUGGCAAUGACACUGUCACGAUCGUUAUUAGAGGCAGACCAAGGCGCAGCGUGAUAACCGUACAUCUUUUAAUGAGUACUUUACAUCAACAACAAAACAACAAACGAUACGUGAAGUCCUAGGUUAUACACCAAAACAAACCUUACGGAACAAGAUCCCACAAAUAACUAGUGCCAACAGGCUGCCUAAGUAUGGUUUCCAAUCAGAGACAACGAGAAACAGCUGCCUCUGAUUGGGAACCACCCUGGCCAACAUAGAAAACACGAACUAGAACACAACAUAGAAAAUCACACAUAGAAAAUCCACACCCUGGCUCAACAUAUAAGAGUCCCCAGAGCCAGGGCGUGACAGACACAGGUCAAACGUUUUCUGUAAGUCUUCACAAGGUUUUCACACACUGUUGCUGGUAUUUUGGCCCAUUCCUCCAUGCAGAUCUCCUCUAGAACAGUGAUGUUUUGGGGCUGUCGCUGGGCAACACGGACUUUCAACUCCCUCCAAAGAUUUUCUAUGGGGUUGAGAUCUGGAGACUGGCUAGGCCACUCCAGGACCUUGAAAUGCUUCUUACGAAGCCACUCCUUCGUUGCCCGGGCGGUGUGUUUGGGAUCAUUGUCAUGCUGAAAGACCCAGCCACGUUUCAUCUUCAAUGCCCUUGCUGAUGGAAGGAGGUUUUCACUCAAAAUCUCAUGAUACAUGGCCCCAUUCAUUCUUUCCUUUACACGGAUCAGUCGUCCUGGUCCCUUUGCAGAAAAACAGCCCCAAAGCAUGAUGUUUCCACCCCCAUGCUUCACAGUAGGUAUGGUGUUCUUUGGAUGCAACUCAGCAUUCUUUGUCCUCCAAACACGACGAGUUUAGUUUUUACCAAAAAGUUCUAUUUUGGUUUCAUCUGACCAUAUGACAUUCUCCCAAUCCUCUUCUGGAUCAUCCAAAAGCACUCUAGCAAACUUCAGACGGGCCUGGACAUGUACUGGCUUAAGCAGGGGGACACGUCUGGCACUGCAGGAUUUGAGUCCCUGGCGGCGUAGUGUGUUACUGAUGGUAGGCUUUGUUACUUUGGUCCCAGCUCUCUGCAGGUCAUUCACUAGGUCCCCCCGUGUGGUUCUGGGAUUUUUGCUCACCGUUCUUGUGAUCAUUUUGACCCCACGGGGUGAGAUCUUGCGUGGAGCCCCAGAUCGAGGGAGAUUAUCAGUGGUCUUGUAUGUCUUCCAUUUCCUAAUAAUUGCUCCCACAGUUGAUUUCUUCAAACCAAGCUGCUUACCUAUUGCAGAUUCAGUCUUCCCAGCCUGGUGCAGGUCUAAAAUUUUGUUUCUGGUGUCCUUUGACAGCUCUUUGGUCUUGGCCAUAGUGGAGUUUGGAGUGUGACUGUUUGAGGUUGUGGACAGGUGUCUUUUAUACUGAUAACAAGUUCAAACAGGUGCCAUUAAUACAGGUAACGAGUGGAGGACAGAGGAGCCUCUUAAAGAAGAAGUUACAGGUCUGUGAGAGCCAGAAAUCUUGCUUGUUUGUAGGUGACUAAAUACUUAUUUUCCACCAUAAUUUGCAAAUAAAUUCAUUAAAAAUCCUACAAUGUGAUUUUCAGGGAAAAAAAUCUAAAUUUGUCUGUCAUAGUUGACGUGUACCUAUGAUGAAAAUCACAGGCCUCUCUCAUCUUUUUAAGUGGGAGAACUUGCACAAUUGGUGGCUGACUAAAUACUUUUUUCCCCCACUGUAUGUGUGUGUGUGUGUGUGUGCGUGCGCACGUUUGUGUGAGCACGUGUGUGUGUGCACUGUCUUUCUGACCCUCCCUCCUCUUCCUUGUCCCUAACCUUAGUGGGGGGCUGUGAUGAGUAGAGUGGAGAGGGAAGCGGACACAGGGGAGCUCCACAGCUCUGUCACCACUCCUCCACCCUCCCUGCCUGUGUCCCCGGGGCCCGCCGCCUGCCUUUGUGUGUGCCAGUGGCUGGAAAUCUCCAUGUAUAUUUAAUGCUAACCUGCUGUCAGUGCUAACAAAUAGGCCUGCAUGGGGAGAGAGAGGGAGCGGGACAGAGAGGAGAAAUCGAACAAACAACCGGAGCUGCUUUGCUCUCCUCCUGCAGAGAGGGGGUCACCUGAGGGACAGGGGGACUGCAGACACACUGCAGCCACAACACAACACACUCUUCUCUGUGGGUGUACAGACCUAUAUGUACGCAUGCACACACUGUAUGCGCUCACAGCAUGUGGAUGUACAGGUAACUGCCAAAAUAAAGGAAACACCAACAUAAAGUGUCUUAAUAGGGCUUUUGGUAUCUUGUUACAAAAUACAUUGGAGUGUAGUUCAGCCCAGUGUAAUACAAAUUACAAAAUGGCGCCGAUGGCGCUGACAGACAUGGCAGCUCUGCUUCUAGCUCCUAAACAACUUUGCAGUAUUUUGUUUCUUUGUUUGUUUUUGAUAUUUCCUACAUUAUUAGCCGAGAAUGUUUUUUUUGUUAUUACAUACAGCCGGAAAUAACUUUUGGAUAUCAGAGCGGCGGUAACUCACCAGCAUUACGACCACGAAUAUAACUUUCCUGAAUUGGAUCCUUUGUUCGUACCCCCCAGGGCAAUUGAACUUAACCCAGAGGCUAAUACAAGACGCCGCCGGCGGAGAAGAGGUAUUUGGAGUGGACUUCUAGUCUGACUCAGGAGGAGUGCAUACCAUCCACCGCUUCUGAGUAUAUUACUCGCUAAUGUUCAGUCUCCGGACAAUAAAGUAGACAAGAUCAGGGUGAGGAUCUCCUUCCAGAGAGACAUCAGGGACUGUAACAUACUCUGUUUCAAAGAAUCAUGGCUCUCUGGAUGUACUUUCCCCGGCAUACAGCCAGCUGGGUUCUCAGUACAUUGCGCAGACAGGAAUAAAGAACUCUCCGGGAAGAAGAAAGGCGGUGGUGUAUGUUUCAUGAUUAACUACUCAUUGUGUGAUUGUGAUAACAUACAGAAACUCAAGUCCUUUUGUUCACCCGACCAAUAAUACCUCACAAUCAAAUGCCGACCGUAUUACCUCCCAAGAGAAUUCUCUUCGGUUAUAGUCACAGCCAUGUAUAUUUCCCCUCAAGCCGAUACCACGAUGGCCCUCAAGGAACUGCACUGGACUUUAUGCAAACUGGAAACCACAUAUCCUGAGGCCGCAUUUAUUGUAGCUGGGGAUUUUAACAAAGCAAAUUUGAGGAAAACGCUACCGAAGUUCUAUCAACACAUUGACUGUAGUACUCGCUCUGGAAAAACACUCAACAACUGCUACUCCCCCUUCUGGGAUGCCUACAAGGCCCUCCCCCGCCCUCCCUUUGGCAAAUCAGAUCACGACUCCAUUUUGCUUCCUAUAGGCAGAAACUCAAACAGGAAGUACCCGUGCUAAGGUCUAGUCAACGCUGGUCUGACCAAUCGGAAUCCAUGCUUUAAAAUUGUUUUGAUCACGCGGACUGGGAUAUGUUACGGGUAGCCUCUGAGAAUAACAUUGAGGUAUACACGGACACAGUGACUGAGUUCAUCAGGAAGUGUAUAGGGGAUGUUGUUCCGGCUGUGACUAUUAAAACCUACCCAAACCAGAAACCGUGGAUAGAUGGCAGAAUUCGCGCAAAACUGAAAGCGCGAACCAUCACAUUUAACCAUGGCAAGGUGACUGGGAAUAUGGUUGAAUACAAACAAUGAAGUUAUUCCCUCCAUAAGGCAAUCAAACAGGCAAAACGUCAGUACAGAGACAAAAUGGAGUCGCAAUUCAACAGCUCAGACAAUCAUGGGUAACAAAGGUAAUACCAGCUAAACACCUUCUUCGCCCACUUUGAGGAUAACACAGUGCCACCGACGCAGCCCGCUCCCAAGGACUGUGGGCUCUCGUUCUCCGUGGCCGACGUGAGUAAGACAUUUAAGCGUGUUAACUCUCGCAAGGCUGCCGACCCAGACGGCAUCCCUAGCCUCGUCCUCAGAGCAUGUGCAGACCAGCUUGCUAGAGUGUUUACGGACAUAUUCAAUCUCUCCCUAUGUGUCCACCAUUGAUCCUGUACCCAAGAAAGCAACGGUAACUGAACUAAAUGACUAUUGCCCCAUAGCAGUCACUUCUGUCAUCAUUAAGUGCUUUGAGAGGCUAGUUAAGGAUCAUAUCACCUCUACCUUACCUGACACCCUAGACCCACCUCAAUUUGCUUACCGCCCCAAUAGAUCCACAGAUGAUGCAAUCGCCAUCGCACUGCACACUGCCCUAUCCAUCUGGACAAGAGGAAUACCUAUGUAAGAAUGCUGUUAAUUGGCUAUAGCUCAGCAUUCAACACCAUAGUACCCUCCAAGCUCAUCAUCAAGCUCAAGGCCCUGGGUCUGAACCCCACCCUGUGCAACUGGGUCCUGGACUUCCUGACGGGCUGCCCCCAGGUGGUGAAGGUGGGAAACAACACUUCCACUUCACUGAUCCUCAACACAGGGUCCCCACAAGGGUGCAUGCUCAGCCCCCUCCUGUACUCCCAGUUCACCCAUGGCUGCUCGGCCACGUACGCCUCCAACUCAAUCAUCAAGUUUGUAGACGACACAACAGUAGUAGGCCUGAUUACCAACAAUGACGAGACAGCCUACAGGGAGGAGGUGAGGGCCCUGGCAGAGUGGUGCCAGGAAAAUAACCUCUCGCUCAACGUCAACAAAACGAAGGAGCUGAUCGUGGACUUCGGGAAACAGCAGAGGGAGCACGCCCCUAUCCAUAUUGACGGGACCACAGUGGAGAAGGUGAAAAGCUGAAAUGGUCCACCAACACAGACACUGUGGUAAAGAAGGCGCAAUAGCACCUCUUCAACCUCAGGAGGCUGAAGACCCUCACAAACUUGUACAGAUGCACAAUUGAGAGCAUCCUGUCGGGCUGAAUCAUCACCUGCUACGGCAACUGCACCGCCCGCCACCGCAGGGCUCUCCAGAGGGUGGUGCGGUCUGCCCAACGCAUCACCGGGGGCACACUGCCUGCCCUCCAGGACACCUACAGCACCCGAUGUCACAGGAAGGCCAAAAAGAUCAUCAAGGACAUCAACCACCCGAGCCACGGCUUGUUCACCCCGCUAUCAUCCAGAAGGCGAGGUCAGUACAGGUGCAUCAAAGCUGGGACCGAGAGACUGAAAAACUGCUUCUAUCUCAAGGCCAUCAGACUGUUAAAUAGCCAUCACUAGCUGGCUACCACCCAGUUACUCAACCCUGCACCUUAGAGGCUGCUGCCCUAUAUACAUAGACAUGGAAUCACUGGCCACUUCAAUAAUGGAACACUUCUCACUUUCAUCAUGUUUACACAAUGCUUUACUCAUCUCAUAUGUAUAUACUGUAUUAUAUUCUACUGUAUUUUUGUCAAUGCCAUUCCGACAUUGCUCGUCCUAAUAUUUAUAUAUUUCUUAAUUCCAUUAUUUAACUUUUAGAUUUGUGUGUAUUGUUGUGAAUUGUUAGAUACUACUGCACUGUUGGAGCUAGGAACACAAGCAUUUCGCUACACCCGCAAUAACAUCAGCUAAAUAUGUGUAUCUGACCAAUAAAAUUUGAUUUGAGUUGAAAAUACUAUAAGUAAUUGAAAUACAUAACAGAAAUACUGCCCAUCUCUGCCCAUUAGUGUUCAAUUGGGUUGAGAUAUGGUGACUGAGACACACACACACACACACACACACACACACUUUAAACCCUCUAUGCUUCUUUGAGACCCCUCUUUCAAAUUUUUAGAUCUCUUCUAGUCAUGUUAGCCAAAAUAAUUACCCUAAGCGUGAUGGGACGUUUUAAUUUCUUAAUUAACUCAGGAACCUCACCUGUGUGGAAGCACCUGCUUUCAAUAUACUUUGAAUCCCUCAUUUGCUCAAGUGUUUUAUUCAUUUUGGCAGAUACCUGUAUAUACCGAAUGCCUAAAUGUAUGUGUAUUUCUUUAUAAAUACUUUAUAGAUGUGGUUAUGUGCAAUUCCUUCAAUAUGUCUAGUAUCUUUGUGGAUACAAUUAAAGUAUUUGUGUGUGUGUGUGUGUGUGUGUGUGUGUGUGUGUGUGUGUGUGUGUGUGUGUGUGUGUGUGUGUGUGUGUGUGUGUGUGUGUGUGUGUGUGUGUGUGUGUGUGUUUGAGUUCAUACAGUGCAUUCGGAAAGUAUUCAGACCGCUUAAAUUUGUCCACAUUUUGUUACGUUACAGCCUUAUUCUAAAAUGUAUUAAAUAAAUCAAAAUCCCCAUCAAUCUACACACAAUACCCCAGAAUGACAAAGUGAAAACUGUUUUUUAGACAUUUUAGCAAAUGUAUAAAAAAACAAAAACAGAAAUUCCUUAUUUACAUAAGUAUUCAGACCCUUUGUUAUGAGACUCAAAAUUGAGCUCUGGUGCAUCCUGUUUGUAUUGAUUAUCCUUGAGAUGUUUCUACAACUUCAUUGGAGUCCACCUGUGGUAAAUUCAAUUGAUUUGAUAAGAUUUGGAAAGGCACACACCUGUCUAUAUAAGGUCCCACAGUUGACUGUGCAGGUCAGAGCAAAAACCAAGCCAUGAGAUCGAAGGAAUUGUCCGUAGAGCUCCGAGACCGAAUUGUGUCAAGGCAAAGAUCUGGGGAAGGGUACCAAAACAGUUCUACAGCAUCGAAGGUCCCCAAGAACACAGUGGCCUCCAACAUUCUUAAAUGGAAGAAGUUUGGAAAUACCAAGACUCUUCCUAGAGCUGGCUGCCAAGCCAAACUGAGCAAUCGGGGGAGAAGGGCCUUGGUCAAGGAUGUGACCAAGAACCCGAUGGUCACUCUGACAGAGCUCCAGAGUUCCUCUGUGGAGAUAGGAGUACCUUCCAGAAGGACAACCAUCUCUGCAGCACUCUACCAAUCAGGCCUUUAUGGUAGAGUGGCCAGAAGGAAGCCACUCCUCAGUAAAAGGCACAUGACAGCCCACUUGGAGUUUGCCAGAAGGCACCUAAAGGACUCUCAGACCAUGAGAAAUAAGAUUUUCUGGUCUGAUGAAACCAAGAUUGAACUCUUUUGCCUGAAUGCCAAGCGUUACGUCUGGAGGAAACCUGACACCAUCACUAUGGUGAAGCAUGAUGGUGGCAGCAUCAUGCUGUGGGGAUGUUUUUCAAUGGCAGGGACAGGGAGACUAGUCAGGAUCGAGGGAAAGAUGAACGGAGCAAAGUACAGAGAGAUCUUUGAUGAAACCUCCUCCAGAGCGAAGGUUCAUCUUCCAAUAGGACAACGACCCUAAGCACACAGCCAAGACAAUGCAGGAGUGGCUUCGGGACAUGUCUCUGAAUGUCCUUGAGUGGCCCAGCCAGAGCCCGGACUUGAACGCGAUCUAACAUCUCUGGAGAGACCUGAAAAUAGCUGUGCAGCAACACUCCCCAUCCAACCUGACAGAGCUUGAGAGGAUCUGCUGAGAAGAAUGGGAGAAACUCCCCAAAUACAGGUGUGCCAAGCUUGUAGCGUCAUACCAAAGAAGACUCGAGGCUGUGAUCGCUGCUAAAGGUGAUACAACAAAGUACUGAGUAAAGGGUCUGAAUACUUAUGUAAAUAUGCAUUUUCUGUUUUUUAUAUUUUUAUAAAAUUAGCAAGAAAUUCUAAAAACCUGUUUUUGCUUUGUCAUUAUGGGGUAUUGUGCAUAGAUUGAUUAGGAUAUAUAUAUAUUUUAAUCCAUUUUAGAAUAAGGCUGCUACAUAACAAAAUUUGGAGAAAGUGAAGUGGUUUGAAUACUUUCCAAAUGCACUGUCCAUGCAUUUUUGUGCAUGUAUGACCACCUGCAUUCGCUCCCUUCCUUCCUGUGUAUGUGUACUACUAAAAUAUAUUUGAUGUCCAACCCUCCUGGGAGUGGGUGUCUGAUUCUAUAGCAUGGAUAAGGGUGGAUGGUGUAUGUGACGUAUUUGAGUUCAGCAGGCCUUGUGUGAUGUAUGGUGUGUGGAAAUACAGUACAUAUUUAUAACUGUAAGUGUGUGCAUUACUCUGGUGCCAAAGCCAGAUCUCCUUCCUCUCCCCUGGCAGCAGAGAUCCUCUGAGAGCUGAUGUAUCUACUACCGCUGCUACCUGGAACACAGUGUGGUGUUGGGGAUGUGUGCAUGUUUCAUUUGAUGUCAUUCUGUUGUUAACUUGCCUCAUGUAUUUCUUCCCAUUCCCCUCACUCUCUCUUUUUUAUUUUUUAUUCCAUCCCUUUCUCUCUCAGGGUAGUUGAACUACCCUCUGGACAAGAUGAGCUUCUGGCGGAGGAUGGAGAGGUUGAUGGAGAGAAUGACGGGUCACAAGCCUCGGAGUGA